AUGGUGAUGGUCGCAACGGCUCUAGUCACUGCUUACCUUUCAUUUUUCACAUUGGCUCCAUCCGUUGCACUGCUAACGUCCAAAUACCGUGCUCAGAUAAAUGUAUCGUUCCGAAUGCUAUACAAGCGACUUACCGAGUCUGAUUUGAAACUUGACUCCAACAAGGAAUUUGUCAAGCAUUUUCAAGAUAUCAAGAACAAAACCUUGGCCACAAAUGAGCCAGACCUGCUCUUUUUCCUCAAGGAUGACUAUAAGCCGGAAACUACAGUCACUUUUCCACUGUACUUUCACGACGACGGGGUUUCAAAACCAAUAAUUCAACCGCAGGAUCCGAGGUUCACAUUGUCGGUGUAUUUGGAAUGGAUCAAGCUUAAUCCUGGAAGUCAUGUUCCUUUCCAUUGGUCGGACUGGAUCGAUCUACUGGACCUCAAUAAGUAUAUUCUCAUACAACCAGAAUUAAAGCCAACAUGCGACCAGCUCUUCGAUAUUUCCAACUAUGAAGAAAUUAUCACAGAUUCCAAGAUAAAACCUGUUUCAGAUUAUUGUUCCGACGAUAAAAAUUCGUUACCAGGCUUCAGAGUCCACUCUCGCCCAGGGCCUCACACAAAGGAACUGGCGAAAUUGAUAGCAAAGCUGCAUGUUUAUACUACUUUGGAAUCUCCUACCCAAUUGAUUGUUCUCACCAACUCUCGAGGCUCUUAUCACAUCGAUGUUUUGAAUCGGGAGAAUGAUUUGAAGUAUUCUCUAUUGAAUAAUGGCGUACCUGAGGAAGUAUACACUCAUACGAAGUCAACGAAGGUCGAUGUUUUGGAAACCUAUAAGUCCUUGCUCAAAAGCAGACACCCCAAUAAUCCCUCAAGUGAAAUACCUUUUCAGAUUGAUCUUCAACCGGAAUGGUUUGAGGCAGAUGCGAGGGAAACAGUCAAGCACCUCAAGGAUACUAAAAGAACUCGGAUGGAGCAAAAUUAUCUUGAAUCCCUUGAGUUCUCUCUUGAUACGAAAGAUCCAGCUAAGUCAUUCAGUGAAGCUCAGCUUUUGAACAUAUAUGGGGAUCGUGUUUAUGGUGACCAUCAUGACUGGCGCUUUUUUAAUGGAUUGACUGUCAAUACUGAUCCACAACUGAUGGUUUUGCAUCGACUUCUAAAGAACUACUUGCAUUUCUGCCGAAUCCACGGCCUCGUUACUUGGAUCGCUCAUGGCUCAUUGCUUCUGUGGUAUUGGAACGGCAUGUCGUUUCCUUGGGACACAGAUACCGAUGUUCAAAUGCCAAUUCGUGAUCUCCACAGGCUUGGAAGAGAAUUCAAUCAAACGUUGGUGAUCGAAAAUAUCGGUCAUGACCACUUAAGUGGGGAUGUGACGAUGUCACCAUUCAAUGGUAUGGGAACAUUUUAUAUUGAAGUGACUAGUAGUAUCACACAUCGUGAUAAAGGUAACGGAAACAACAACAUUGACGCCCGUUUCAUUGACAUUCAAAAUGGACUAUAUGUUGACAUUACCGGAUUAUCUGUGAGUGAAGAGCCAGCUCCUUCGCGUUACGAUUACGUGUUCGAAUUAGAGCCCGAGAGAGAGAAGAAUGCAAAGCAAGUUGGUACUGAGACGGCUAAGAACAUUUACAAGCAAGCAUACAAUUGUCGUAACAGGCACUUCAGUUUGUUAAGCGAAUUAUCUCCGCUUAUCAUGACGGGUGUCCAGAACCAGAUUGGACAUAUUCCCAAGUUUUUUGGAAUGAUGUUGAACCACGAGUACAACAUCGACGGUAUGAUCCAGAACAACUUCGAGUCUUCCUAUUACCUUCUGAGUUUGCGUAUAUGGGCAAAGACAAACACUUUAGUGAAGUAUUUCGGUAACAAGAAAGCUUGGAUAGAGACACAAGAUGGCCCUGGUGCCGAAAUCACACGGGAAGCUACCGAAUACGAGAGACAUCAAAUAUCCAAGUUUCAGCCAGAAGAUUUCAGCAAUCUUUUACUUUCUGACUUCAUAUUGCGCGAGUAUGCGGUGAGUAAGGAUUUCACUUUUUUCCAUGAGCAGCAAAUGAAGCUACUUCUCCAAAACCGAAUGCUGGAGUAUAAGCAGAACUUGAAUCAUUUCAUUGAAGGUUCCGACGCUAACUUGGCUAUGUGGGGAGACCCAUUUAUGGCCAAGUUGGCAAUUGACGGAUGGAAUUACGAAGCUGAAAUUAAGAGUUUGGAUACUUUAAUUAAGUUGUAUGAGUUCGAUACUGAAAUUAUGGCACAGAAGUUAAAGGAAGAGGAGGACAGGAAAUCAAAUUUAUUGAAGGAGGAUAACGAGAGACGAAAGAAGGAGUCUGAUAAUAGGCAGAAAGAAGAAGAAGAGAAGAAAAAAGAAGAAGAGAAGAAGAAAGAAGAAGAGAAGAAGAAAGAAGAAGAGAAGAAGAAAGAGGAAGAGACGAUGAAAGAGGAAGAGAAGAAGAAAGAGAAGAAUGAAGUAAACGAAUAG